AUAACAGAAUUGCUGGUCUCAACCUUUCUUUGUAUUCUUUAUCAUCUAUUGAAGUUUUUAUAUAAACAACGGUUUGAUCUCUUCUGAACGAGAGCUGAAUUGUGUGCUCAGUGUUUUCGUCCAAACUGUACAAUGACGACUCGAUUAAGAACCAAUGCUAGAUUUGUAGGAAAGAAAUGUGGAGACUUUGCCAAAGAGAGCUGUACAGUUGACAAUGUCAAAUCCAAAUUUCCCAUCACACAAUGGCUACCCAAAUAUAAACCAAAAUGGCUUAUAUCAGAUUUUAUUGCUGGAAUCACAGUUGGAUUGACAGUGUUACCGCAAGGAUUGGCGUAUGCAACGGUCGCUAAACUUCCACUUCAGUAUGGACUUUACUCUGCAUUUAUGGGUAACUUUGUCUACUGUUUUAUGGGUACUGCAAAAGAUAUUACGCUUGGACCGACUGCUGUUAUGUCACUUAUUAUGUCUGAAUUCAGCAGUGGCCAGGAGCGAGAAGACGGGUUACAUAAUCCCGUCUACGCUAUCACGAUAGCAUUCUUUUGUGGGAUAACUCAGUUAUUGAUGGGCAUAUUUCAUCUUGGGUUUUUAGUGAAUUUUAUAUCUUUUAAUGUCAUCAAUGCUUUCACAUCUGCUGCUGCCGUCAUUAUUGGUGUGGGUCAAUUGCGGCAUAUAUUUGGUAUUCCCAAGUUCAAGUCUCAUGGUUUUAUUGAUGAUAUCUACUAUACUGCCCUGGGAAUUCCCAAGACAAGGUGGCAAGACUUUGUAAUGGGGGCCACAUGUUUUAUUCUUCUCAUGGUAAUGAAGAAAGUUAAAGAAAGGUAUUCUGGUAAAAAAGCGAAAACCACAUCCCAGAAGAUUUUAUAUAAAGUCAUAUGGCUUUUUGGAACAGCCAAAAAUGCAGUCAUAGUGAUUCUAGCAGCCUGUGUAUCUUAUGCAAUAUACAAUGGGGAAUCGCCUUUCGCACUUGUUGGCCAUGUUCCAGCCGGUCUUCCACCAUUUGAGUCUCCCUUCCCUCCAUAUCUUCGUCCAAUGCCGCCAUUAGCCGAUCAUUACAAGAUGAACACUGAUCCUAACAUCACCAUUGUCAAUGACACAGUUGUAGAAUAUCAGCGUAGUUUAAAUGGCACCAUGGAGCAGUUGUGGAAUGCAUCUACUGUUGCCCCGACUACAGAUCCUGGAAGUGAGAAAGAGUAUGUCUCUGUGAAUGACAUAUUUAAUGAAGGUGGCAUUGGAUUUGCUGUUGUACCUUUAAUUGGAUUCUUGGAAAGUAUUGCCAUUGCAAAAGCUUUUGGUAGAAGAAAUAAAUACAGAGUAUGGCCAAACCAAGAAUUGUUAGCCCUUGGUACUGCCAAUGUCAUGAGUUCAUUUGUUGGUGCUUACCCUGUAACUGGUAGUUUCUCAAGGACUGCUGUGAACUCCCAGAGUGGCGUUAUAACUCCCCUUGGUGGGGUCUUUACUGGAGCGUUAGUUCUUAUAUCACUAGCAACUUUGACUCCACUAUUCUUCUACAUUCCAAGUGCCGCUCUCGCUGCUGUUAUUAUAUGUGCUGUUAUCAACAUGUUUGACCAUUCGUCAAUUAAAAAGCUAUGGGUAGUCAGAAAAAUUGAUUUGAUAUCUUGGCUUGGGACUUUUAUUGGUUCUUUGGUGCAAGGUGUUGAGAUUGGUAUUAUAAUUGGUAUUGGCAUAGACCUGUGUUUUCUUCUGUAUGGUCAAGCUAAGCCAGAUAUUGAGGUGAAAGAAAGAGAAGUGACUGUGAUUGAGAUUGAAGCUGGUGUAUAUUUUCCCGCCGUUGAACAUGUCACAGAUACUGUUAAAGGUGAAUGUAUUGAAGGAGAACACGCCAAAUCAGCAGUUGUUGAUGCCUCAAGAGUCACUCAUAUUGAUUAUACGUCUAUUCUUGCAAUAAAAGAAAUAUUUGUUGAAUUUGCACAACGUGAUGUUAAAGUAGCACUAGCUGGCUUAAAACCUGAACUUUUAGAAAUCAUACUUAGAGCAAAUAUCAAAGGUUUUGAACAUUAUGACACCGUUGAAGAUGCAAUCAAAGCUAUGAAAGAAAAUACUCCAGAAGCAGAUGCCACACAUGUGCUGUUAACCCCCAUGGAAGCAAAUUCAAAUCAUACAGAGAAGUCAAAGAAGGAAGAAGAUAAAGAUGAUAACGAAGAUGAAGAUGAAAAAACAGUAGAUGGUAAUGUUGAGAUGAAAAGUAAUGGACCCUUAAAUAAAUCUAAUGAUAUAAACCCAGUAUAAAAAAAAAUGCAUUUGGAACAAUGAAAGAUGUUUGAAUGGUUCUGCCAAUUGCCAUUGUCUUGUAACAUUUCAGUCUAUAUUUUUCAUACUUCUCUACAGAGAUACCUUAAAAUCAUGACUUGAAAAUUUUUGUAUGAUUGCAUACAUGUUUUGUUUGGAAGUUGGAUUUUUAAAAUGUUGUUGUUGACAACGCAAAUGUGCAAAUAAACAAAGACGUGAUGAUCUUUUUAUUCUAUCUUCCAAAUAAUCUUUGCAACUGUGAUGGGUACUGAUUGUAUUUUUGCAUCAUUUUAAUAAUGUAUAUAAUGUAAAUAUUUAUAUAUAACGCUAUGUGCAUGGUGUGUAUUUAAUGCAAUUGAGUAUCAGAGGGUGAUUUGUAGAUCAAAGCGCUUGGAUGAUCUGUAAACAGUAUUUUAAAUACUGUGAAAGGCAUUUGUUUCUCUUAAGGAGACAACUAUGCGAGUUGUGGGAGUUUUUUCAUAUACUUUUAGUUUUGUAUCAUACUGAGAAAUUCCUAUAAUAUCUAGUAAGAGACUCAAAAGUCUGGGAUCACAAACUAUAUUUGGGGGCUGGGUGAUAUUGGUGUCAGUGACUAUUUUUUUUUGUCUCAAUGAAUGCUGCUAUAGUUUGCGGUAGUUAAAAUGCAAGAAUAGCCCCACACCCUGUAUAUUUUAUUUACAAACUUUAUUGUAUACAGCCAAAUUUGACUCAAUUAUGCUGCAUAAUUAAUUCGCCUUACUAUAUGUAUGAGGAACUCAUAGAGGCUGCACACUGCAUGUAAACGCAUAUUACUUGACUUCCAGAUCAUCCAGCACAUCAUAUCCUUCUACUAUUAAUAACAUAAAUGUUUCCACCAAAUUUCUGGUACAACAUUUUCAAUGCAUUUUUCUUUAAUUUUGAAUGAAAUUGGCAUAAUUACACAUGUACCUCUUUGUAAAUUUACAAUGAAUUGAAUAUGAAAAUGAGUACCUUAAAAUCUGUAUUAUAAGCCGCAUCUCUAAUAUACAAGUCGCACCCAUUCUUUUUGAAGAAUUGAGAACCAAAAAUUCAUCAUUUCUCAUACAUGUAGAUGCUCUAAUAGAAGCCGCAUCCCCUCUGUUGCAUUGUGCCAUUUUGAUAGAAGCCGCAGCUUCUAAUACAGAUUUUACAGUAAUAUCUGGUUUAUAUUAUGAAAAGUGAGAAAAGGUUAAUGUUUACAUGUUUAUGUGAACUAAAUGUUUAAAUCAGAAACAUUAAUUUCAGCUGAAAUACAUGUAGAGGGUGUCGCUGUAGAAUUUCUGAUGCGUCUGUAAAGAGUACUGAACUUUCAAAUAAUCUUUUUAGUCUUAUUUUAUAGUUAGAUUCAUUUUUUGUUUUCUUCGUACUCAGUUUUAUAUUAGUAUACACUAUUGUCACUAUUUUACUUUCUUUUAAUUUAAAUUUUUUUAUAAAAAGUAUAAAAACUCUAUUUCUUUACAUUUACAGGGACAUUAAAUAUGAAAAUUUACACUUUUGUCUCCUACAUUUGGUCUAGUAUCUGGGUAUACAAAUAAUAUUUUCUGUACCUGUUAAGUUUUGCGAUUCAGACAGUUAUGAAUUUUGUUGUGGAUUUUUAAGAGAGGUGAUGAGAGUAGUUACCAUUAGGUGGAGUAUUCAAUGAUUUUAUAAAGAAUACAGAAACAGCUCGGAAAGGAAUUAAAAAAUGAUGUAAAUUUUCAGUGGGUUUCUUUUGUAGGCAGGCAGUGGUGUUUCCAGGAAUCUCUCAAAUUGCGACAAGGUGAAUUUACAUCUUUCAAUUAGACUCAAAAUUCUGCUUAAAAUAUUGUAAAAAUGAAGAAAAUGAAAUAAUGCUCACAGCAACAUUUAAUAUCUCAGGGCCAGAAACAAGUCAUUUUUAGCCUAAUUUACAUUUUAUUUUGACCCAACUACUUUCAAUAUGUACAAACUGUCAUAUUGUUUGUAUCUCGGGAUAAACCAAUCUCGAGAUGGUUUAAAUACAAACUGUAUAAUGUACAUGUAUAAUAGUUAUGAAUGGCUGAUCUAAAUGUGUUGAUGAUCCUUCCAAUCACUGUGGUUGCUCUAUUGGAAGCACAACUAUAAAAUGCAUGCAUAAACCAGACUGUAUAACCAACCAAACAUGUCAUUGUACACUGGAUCAUUAAAGUAUGUCUUAUUUUUACCUCAUACACACCUCUGUUGUUUGCAUGUGCUAUUACCGUUUUAUGAAUGAUACUAUUGACAUUAUUUUGAAACUGGAACUCGGUGAAAUGUGAUGCAAUAUACACUGUAAUUUUCUGUAUUUUAGCUUACAUUUGUCUUGUCAUUCUAAAAAGACAAUAUUAACAAUUAUAAUUUCCCCGAAGAUGGCACUACUACAUUGAAAUACUCAAACUACUAAAAACUGUGUUCAAUUUUGCUAGCGAGAGAAAGUGUGACAACAUCUUUGUGAAAAUACGUCCUUAUUCUGAAAAUAAAUAUUUAACUACUGGUAUUCCAGUACCAUUGCUGCCUUGUAGCCAUCUACGUUGUAUAUUAAGAGAUGGUAUUUCCAAAAUGAUUGCAACAAGCAAUGUAUUUUAACUACUGACAAUUUUUGGUGCUAAUCCUUCACUUGAAAUUGAUACAAGGGUAAAAAAAAGUAAUCUGCAUGCAGCAUAUGUUAAUGUAUAAUCAUAGUCUAUUUAAUGUAUUUGGAGUGAAAAAGGGGAUUUUAUUUUCAGGAUUUGGUUUGCCAUGGCUUAUUUCUAUGUUUUGGAUUUAAUUGGCUGUUUCUAUCAUUUGGGAUGCAAUCGCUUGUUUCUAUGAGUCGGGAUCAGGGGUAGGAUGAUUUGGAUAAAAACAAAAUGCAUGUUCAGCUCUGCUUUCUAUAUAAAAUAAGGCUGUAAAUGAUGUUUGAAAUGUGUAUUAAAAAUCAAUAAAGUGGAUAUUGAUAUGUCCUCACUAGAAAGUUGAAA